GUUCUGUCACUCUUCCCCUAGUGUUCUUUAUCCCAACUGCCUACGACUGGCCACACAAAUGGAAAGUCGCCUCCCCACUUCAGCCCCGUAGAGUCGGCACCAGCCAAUGAAGUGCGCUGGAGGGCACGUGACGGUAGCGGGGCGGCGCGCCGGCAGCUCCCAGAUCUCUAUGGUGGGCCCGGGCUCGCUAGAGGGCGUCUGGUCCACUGGAGGACUCCCUACAUUCUUCCUCCAUUACCUCACUGCCUCCGGUGGCUGCUGGGAUACCGGAGGACUCGAGUCCCGGCGAGACUCAGUCCUCCAGCCGCCCGGGGAAUACCUCCAGUUCUUCCCGGCCGCCGCCGUCGCUUCCUCCUGCGGCCGACGGUCCCCUGCGCCCCGCCCGGUCCGCGCCGCGCGUCUGGCCCGCCGGCGGGCCUGCUUCUCUCAGGAGCCCCCACCCAGGCGCAUGGCUCCAUGAAGCAGGAGGAGGAGGAGGCAGAGCGCGAGAGGUCCCGUCCGUCCCGGCCACGUCUGGGCCAGGAGAAAAGGUACAAGAAGAAGGAAUGGAAUUGGAAGGAAGAAAAUUCAUUCCAGAGACAAAGUAGUUCCCCUCCUCUGUUGUAGCUGUUCCUCUGGCAGUAUAAGCUUCCCGCUUUCAGGUUCUGCAGCAUUCCAGACCACGAGCACCAAGUCAGGAUGGGAAAGAGACGUUGUGUUCCUCCACUCGAGCCCAGGUUGGCAGCAGGCUGUUGUGGGGUCAAGAAGCCCAAAUUGUCUGCAAGUGGGACGCACAGUCACGGAAGCCAGUCCACUACUGUCCCCAGCGCUAGUUCAGGACCUCUUCAAAACCACCAGCAUGUGGACAACAGCAGUGGGCGGGAGAACGUGUCGGACUUAACUCUGGGACCUGGAAACUCUCCCAUCACACGGAUGAAUCCUACAUCGGGAGCGCUGAGCCCUCUUCCCCGGCCCAAUGGAACUGCCAAUGCCACGAAGAAUUUGGUGGUGACUGCAGAGAUGUGCUGCUACUGCUUUGAUGUGCUCUACUGUCACCUCUACGGCUUCCCUCAGCCACGACUUCCUAGAUUCACCAAUGACCCCUAUCCGCUCUUUGUGACAUGGAAGACAGGGCGGGACAAGCGGCUUCGUGGCUGCAUUGGGACCUUCUCAGCCAUGAAUCUUCACUCAGGACUCAGGGAAUACACAUUAACCAGUGCACUUAAGGACAGCCGAUUUCCCCCCCUGACCCGAGAGGAGCUGCCCAAACUUUUCUGCUCUGUCUCCCUCCUUACUAACUUUGAGGAUGCCAGUGAUUACCUGGACUGGGAGGUAGGGGUCCAUGGAAUUCGAAUUGAAUUUAUCAAUGAGAAAGGCGUCAAACGCACAGCCACAUACUUGCCUGAGGUUGCUAAGGAGCAAGACUGGGAUCAGAUCCAGACAAUAGACUCCUUACUCAGGAAAGGUGGCUUUAAGGCUCCAAUUACCAGUGAAUUCAGAAAAACGAUCAAACUCACCAGGUACCGAAGUGAGAAGGUGACAAUCAGUUAUGCAGAGUACAUUGCUUCUCGACAGCACUGUUUCCAGAAUGGCACUCUUCAUGCCCCGCCCCUCUACAAUCAUUACUCCUGACACACGGCUGCAUGACCAGUCCCACCCCCCUGUGGCCACCAAUGGCUAUGACAUCAUUGGAGCAGAUGCCUCCUCUUCCUGGUCCAGUUACUUCUAUUACUGCACCAUUUUAUGAUGCUAGCUUCCGUUGCCAAGUCUGCCUGCCACUGACCGAGGGGGUGUGGGGUUACACUGAAUGACACAGAACUUGAGGGGCCCAAGCCUUAUCUCAGCCUUUCCUCAGUAUGGGGUUCCACUGGAUUGGGGCUUCUCCAUGACUAGUGAGAAUCGCUGUGUGGGUGCUGAAGACCCUGCUCUGGUGAUUUGCCACAUGUGUGUUGGCCACACACUGGAAUUAGAGUUGAUCCGUGGAGGUUUACCCCACACACACCCACAGCCUCCCAGAUUAAAUAGGUGUAUUCCCCUGGCAGUCUGGGCAACGGAGACCAACAAGAAACAUUUUUAGGUUGUUUUAAAUUCCUUUUUUUAAACUUCCAGUUUAUUGCAUACAAAGAGUUGAUCACAACCUCCGUGCUUCAUAAGUGGACGCCAUGUUAGGGUUGAGCGUGGGCGCCAUGAGUCCUUUGAGGAUCCUGGACAGAGACCCACACCAAGAUCAGAAGCCUGUGGAUGGUGUUGCAGAUCUCUCUCAUGAGCCACGACGGUUUAACAUUCUCAGCCCACUCUCAGUUGGAUCGUCCGGCAGUCUUCCUGCAUCAAGUCAAGCUCUGUGGUGUGGCCUGCUGACGACUGGAGUGCAGAUGCCCGUGGGAGGGCCUGUGUCAUCACUGUGUGAGGUGUGAAGAGAGAGGCCUCUUCGUCACCACCUGGCUACCUCACUCCUUACUGGCAGCAGUGCCUAUAUUGCUGGAUCUAGGUUUUCAGAAGCACAGAUGUGCAAUCGGGCAGUUGGGUUGGGCUCGUUGGCAUAGAAAAUUCGGGGUCUCUGAGCUGGUUUUCUUUUCAGGCAAACAUCCUGAGGGACUCUUAAGCAGGCAAGUUCACUUUUCUAGUUUGCAUAAAGUAGGAAGACUGGUGAUCUUUCUGUCCCUGAUAAGACUCUAGAGCAAAGCUGUUUAAUUAAACAAGGUAAAUCUUUAUCUUGCCUACCAUGCUGGGAGUUUUAACCCCACCAGAGCAUAGUCCAAAUUGUUUUUUCCUGGGUCAUUUAAACUUCCAUGUGACGUUUCCUUUCACAUCCUUUUCUCUCGUGACUCUUCACUCAUGUGGUAGCAAAGGCCAUAGAACUGGGGGACUUGGCCGAGGCUUUGCAUGCUGGGUCUCAGGCACUACUAGUGACACAGGAAGAGAUGGCCAGCUGAAGAGGGGUCCUGGGACACUACACUGGUUCUCCAAAACAUGCUUGGAGAACUAGUGGAUUGGGUGUCAACCCAGUGAACACGUUUUACUUUUUUAGUUUGUGUGUUGUUGGUGUGGCUUUCUAAGAUGGGCAUUGAUUCAAGUUUAGAGAUCUUUGGCGCUUUAUCCCAGGAAGUGGGGGGUGGAGCGCAGUAUAAGGCAUUGCCCUUCAGUUCCUGGAAGGAUUGGUCAGAGAAAGCAGCUUUGUGCUGCUGGCAGGACUGCGGAAUAUAGGAAGACUUGGGUGACAUCAGGGUGCCCAGGCUGUGCUCCCCUAAUUGCCGUCCUGGGUUUCCAUGGCCUGCCACAGUCCCCUUCAGUGUAGAGGAAGAUGUAGGGGUCAUCUCAUGAUGUCCUGCUACUGAGGAUGAUCAAUGUCUUGUUAUAGGUGUGACAACAGUUACUCUUAGGUGCCAUGGAUUGAUGUCAGGGUGGUCAGCUCUGGACUAGGCCACCCACUCCAAUUUGUACAACAGUAUUGAUAUAUAGGGCUACACUCAUUACUGUUCAAGUGUUCUACGUUAAAAGUUGUUUGAUUUCUAAAGAUUUAAAAAAAGCAAAAAAAUUGGUGCUAAACUUUCACCCCUGAGCACGCUCAGUGAGACUGGUCAUGCAAGCAUUUACAGUGCCAUGCUCCUCAAGCCUAUUUUUCUUGUAGAAAUGUUGCCCUAUUUGUCUUCUCCUGUGUAUAGUAUGUAUUUGAUUUUACUUUAUUUUAUUUUAUUGAGGGUAGGGUAGGAUACCUGCCAUUUAAGAAAAUACAAUUUUUAAGCCCCCAAAAUGGGGGGGAAAUCAGUGCACAAGAAUAGGGCUGGUGACACCCAGCAUCACACUGAAGUAGGCUCAGUGGCUUUGGAGUGAAGAAGCCUUACUCCCUGCACACUCCCUCUGCUCCUAACAAAUCUGGCAGUGGAGCUGCAUGAGCUCCUCCUGUCUCGUCAGGUGGCUCUGAAGUCAGCCAAGGGAAGCUACAUGGGACCUAGCAGAAUCCACCCUGACCAGAGCCUGUCAGGAAGCCACCUGGAAGUGUGUGGUCAUGGUGCCCUCAGAGAAUUGGGGAGGUGGCUCUCAGGAAACAUACCUGGUCUGGAUCAUCCACAUGGCAGCUUUGCAUAGGGAGGUGGCAGCUCCGAGCUGGAGCAGAUCUGCCUUCCACUUGCUUGACCAAAGCAGUAACGAGGGUGGCUGGUACAUGCCAACGUCUGGAGGGAGAGCAAAGGAGGUGCUUCCUGCCUGCUGCUUUCCCUGUUCUUGGGCCACUGAACAGUAGGUAACCACUGUUGUAAGGAACCAGCCCAACUUUCUGGUUGGGUUCAGAGUGUGUUUCAUCCCUAGCUGUGAGUGCCUUUUGGUCUGGAAAGUUGGCUUGUCUCAUAAUACCCACAGCUAGGACAUUUUCCCUGUAAUUAUGAAUUGUCUUUGUUUUACAUUAAGAGUGUCUUUGAUCACUAGUUUGUCAGUGUUGGAUUGUUUCCACUGUGAGGUUCUUAAAACUUUUUCGCUGCAUAAUACUGAAACAAUUCAUGUUAGAUAUCCUUUCCACAUGAAAGGUUUGUAGUUGAGACAUAUAUUUUACUGUUUAUAAUAAAAAACAUCUAUACAAAAGAAGUCCUGGGUGUUAAUAUUUUGCACAUGAUCUGUUUUCCAUGCUGUUAACAUCUACAAUUUCACUAACUUGAUUUUUUUUUUCUAUCAAGAUUUCUAGAGCCUAGGGAUCUACUUGUUCUUUUUAUUUUUGUUCCCAUUUCCCUGAAGCAAGAGACUGUAUGGCCUUCAGUGCAAAGAUUUCAGACCAAUUCUUUGUAUCACACUUGGUUGCCUCUUGGCUAUAUAACUUCUGAGUGCAAAUCAUUGAACUCUUUAAUGAAGUAUUGUAGAGAAUAAAUCAUAAUGGCUAAAAAUUGUUCUUCGUCUUUUUUUUUUUGUAACCAUGUGACAUGAAUUACGCAGAGUAGCAGUUGGCAGUCCUCUAAAUUUUGAAGAUAGCCAACCAAGUAGUAGCCUCCAUAUUUUGUAUGUUUUUGAUCCUUUAUAAACUUGCUUUUCAUUUUGUUUUUGUGGUGAGUGGCAUUAUCAUUGGUUUGGGGUGUUUUUUUGUUGUUUUUUUUUUUUUUUUAGUUAUUCAUGAACAGUUUCCAGAAAGAAGGUUCAUUGCUUUUAUUAGAUUUGUAAAUUAAACUGACUUUGCCAGAAAAGCUGAAUCUUGGGCUGGGUAUAUAGCUCAGUGGCACAGCGCCUGCCUGACAAGCACAAUAUCCUGAAUUCGAUUCCC